GGGGUGUGUGUGUGUGCGCUCACAAUAAUAAGGAGGUGUGGGUUCGCUUUCCAGUGUUUGCAUGUACUGGAGCGGAGCAGCGAUAGGCUACCUUUUGGAUGCAAUUAUGUCACGAGCGCUGGGCUGUGCCACGAGAGCAUCUGAAUAAUCCAUCCCGGCGGUCCGCGCGCAGCACAGGAAUAAAGCGAUGGGUGGCCAGAUAACGCGAACUGCCUUUUACGACUCCCUCGGUGGCCCAUUCCCGUCCACGUCACAUCGAUGUCACCACAAACCCAAGAGGUGCUUGCCUAUCCACUGUGGCAGUGUCAGUGGGCCCCUCCCCAUCAGCCCACUUCUAUUCCAUCCAAAUGCCAAGGGAUCCCAAAUUGUCAUGGACCUCGCCCAGAAGACCGUGAAGAGGCAGGCCAGUUUCUGCAAUGCCAUCACCUUCAGCAACAGGCCCAUUGCGCUCUACGAGCAAGUCCGCCUCAAGAUUACCAAAAAGCAGUGCUGUUGGAGCGGGGCUCUGCGUCUGGGCUUCACUUCUAAAGAUCCCUCCAGGAUAAACCCGGACAACCUGCCCAAAUACGCCUGCCCUGACCUGGUGUCUCAGAGCGGCUUCUGGGCCAAGGCGCUGCCCGAGGAGUUCGCCAAUGAGGGCAACGUCAUCGCCUUCUGGGUCGACAAGAAAGGCAGAGUCUUCUACCGCAUUAACGAGUCCAGUCCCAUGCUGUUCUUCAGCGGAGUCCGCACAGCUGAGCCCCUCUGGGCCCUCAUCGACGUUUACGGCCUGACCCGCGGCGUGCAGCUGCUCGACAGCGAGGUCGUUCCUCCAGACUGCCUCCGUCCACGCUCCUUCACCACGGUGCGCUCUUCCUCUCUGCGGCGCGAAGCGGACGACUCCCGCCUGUCCGUCAGCCUGUGCGACCUCAACCUGCAGCAGGAGGAUGGUGCCCCGGCCCACGGCCGCUCCCACCGCCACACCCUCCACCUGGCCUCAACCUCCUCCUCCUCCAGCUGCCCCAUCCCACAGAACUCCCUCAACUCCCAGCAGUCCUCCCUGCUGCCGUCCACCCUGGAGAGCGACCUCCACUUCCACCAGCUGCGCGGCGCCCACAUUAAGACGCUGGACGAACAGACGGUGGCCCGAUCCGAGCAUGCACGUGAAGAGCGCACGCUGGUCUUCACAAACCGGCCUCUGCGCAUUGGUGAGACCGUGUUCAUCAAAGUCACCAAGUCAAGCCCGGCGCGCUCGGGCUCGCUGUCCUACGGUGUGACUUCCUGCGACCCGGCAGUGCUGCGCCCCAGCGACUUACCAUACAACCCCGAGGCCCUGGUGGACAGGAAGGAGUUUUGGGCGGUGUGCCGGGUGCCCACGCCUCUACAGAGCAGUGACAUUCUGGGCUUCUUGGUCAACCAGGAAGGGGAGGUCAUCCUCAGCCACAAUGGCACCAAUGUGGGCAUGCAGGUGUGUGUGGACAACUCGCGCCCACUCUGGAUGUUCUUUGGCUUGCAUGGAGCAGUGACGCAGCUGAGGAUUCUGGGCUCCACACAUCUCGGGGAUCCGCGGGCCACGUCGAAUCCCAGCUCGCCCUCCUCCUCUCCGCACACCCCCAGCGCCCUGGGAAGUGGCAUCUCUGAUCCAGUCCUGAACGGAGGCCUGUGCUCAGCCGCUUACUGCAGCUCAGCAGGGGGAACCACCCCGAAUUCUCCAGUCAGCCUCCCCAAGUCACCUACGUUCCCAUCAGGCCGUGGGCCUUGGUCCGACGAGUGCUCCAUCUGCUACGAGAACACAGUGGACACGGUCAUCUACGCCUGCGGUCACAUGUGUUUGUGCUACACCUGCGGCCUCAAGCUCAAGAAGAUGUCCAACGCCUGCUGCCCGAUCUGCAGGAGGCAGAUCAAAGACAUUAUCAAGACCUACCGCAGCACGUAAGGAAGCAGCACAACCCAGGGUUACACACAAACGCUGAGGUUCAGGGAACAUGAACUCUGGUACUUUGAUUUGGUAUUUUCAUACAAAUAUUGUUGGCUGGUUCUCUCGUGACCUUUUGCAAAGCUAAUACCUCUUCAUGGGGAAGCGCUCUCUCUCUUUAGAGUCACGGCCUCUGGCGUGAAGUUCGACCAAAAACUCUCUUCUCGCCAGCAGUGUUUGCUUUCUCCGGGGAUCGAGGAAGACUUUGAAAGAAGAGCGAAGAACUGAACUAGUUCCAAAAUUCUUUGAUUUGUUGAACCAUGCCGUAAGAUUUAGGGACUACCGCCCAUUUGCACCAAAGCAAAUGAGUCCCUUUGGGUUUGAAUGUCUCAGUAGAUCUUUUAGAGGAUGACUGAAGCUCUGAAAUAUGCCAUCAACAGGAUUUAUGACUUAAAUAGUCAAAAAGAAGCACACCCACUGCAGGUAAUCAUCUCAGUAUGUCACAACUUGUGUCUGUGUGUUACUGAGACCUGGAAGCUCAGUCUGGCAUCGCAGUGCUGAAGUGAUGGACCUCUGUUAUCGUUGUGGUGAUUAUCAGUCAGUGAUGUUCUAGCGACGCGAGGUGCUGCUGAGUAUUUUAAGUAGGAUUGUAACACCUCUUGUACUCAUAUAAUCUAAUGUACCUUUCUGGUAGUUUUAUUGCAAUGUUGGUGGUAGCUAUGUUGUUGUUCUAGCUUGCUCUGCAGUGUGGUAUGUUGCGCUGAAAUCUGCAUCAUCCUCUCAGAAACGCGCUGAUACUGACAGAGAGGAUACAGGCGCUCAUAAAACAAUGUCCAAGCCAUAGACUGUAUAUAAAAGAGGGCUGUAGCCAGCUUAAUGUAUAGUUUAAUUUUGAAGCCUCAGCCUGAGCGUGUGCGACAUCACCAUCUCAUUUAAUUUUUAAAGUGAACGAAAGACCCCGCACGCUCGUACACUGAUGAUGUCACUCACAAAGAGGCCCCGCCCUAGUUUAUACUCUGCUUUAUCAUAUCACCUCAAAUAGCAUCUUAAUUAACAAAACGAGUGCCUGUCUGUACUGAUAUACGCUAAUGACUGAGGCCAGUAAUUUAUCAGGAUUCUACACAGGAGUCGCCCCCUGCUGUCCACUGGGGGGAAAAUGCAGGUUUAAGGCCCUUUACAGCCGGAGGCUACAUCCAUCUUUAUAUACAGUCUAUGCUACUAAGCUGCAUCCAGCAGACUCUGCAGCUCUGACUUCUUGAAAGGAAACAGGAAGUGGGGGGAAAACAAAGUAAUCUGGAUACUCCUCAGGGCCUCCGAUCUUUUUUAAGAACUACCCUCCCAAACUGUACCUGUGUAACCACACCUGACACACUGUGAGUGCUUGUGACAAAUUGGCCAGUCCUCAAAAAAAGCUCCCAUAACAACACGUAAAGUCAAAGGAGUGUUGUCAUGUUUUCCUGCCUUAUCUCACAGAAGGUUCGUUCAUGGAUGGACCCCUCACCACGAUUUACCAAAUAAUGCUGCAGACUGAAAGCACACGAAUUCAAAGCUAUUUUUCUAACAGAAAUCCACAGCAUUACCAAUAUGUAAUUAUUCAAAUGUAUAUUUGUGACAGGACUUUCACCAGCAGCAGAGACAUUUUACAGAAAUCAGUUCAGGGGGUGAAAAAAAGCUCAGAUUUUGCUGAUUUGUAUGAUUCCUGUCCCCUGAUUUCAGCCUUCACAAACGUCCCUUCAGCUCUAAGCCAUAGCUCGUUCUCACAGGAAGCUGAGAGGCUGCAUCUUUAAAGUCAUCGCUCUUCAUUUUGUAGAUAAUCAGCGAAUGGGCUCAGACCUGCGCUGCUAUGGUGAUAUUUCUCACAUCCUUCCUCCCACAUUAGUUUGAUUACGCUACUGCUUGAAGUGUUAAUUCACAUUUGAAUGUUAACUUAUGUAUUUAGAGAGAUUUUUAUUGAUGUGCUUGAACUGAAAACUUUUUCUGUUCUGUUAAAGUUUGUUUGGAUUGAUAAUCAUGCUUUUUUUUUCCUCUUCAGAACAACGAGAAUCUAAAUGUGUCCGAUAGCGAGCGCGUAGAGUUUCCUGCACCUUACAGCAAAGAUAUUGCAGUACACAAUCAGAACCUAAUGGGUGCCAGAUAUCACCUCCUGGUUUUAUUACUAUCCCUGAAUGUCGGGUGUUCUUGUGUGUGAUUUUUCUUCCUGUGCGCCCGUUUGGAGCUCCUGCAGCCCGUUUCUGUAUUUUUAGCUCUUUAAACGGUCUCAAAGCCGUCGCUGUGCUCAUGAGAAAUGUCACUUUAUGAAGCUACUGAUUGUAAUCUUGUCUGUUUAAGCCAGCGUUGCUCUCAGAGAUUCAGCUGCGGCGUGAUGGUUUCUUUUUGUGUGCAGAGACUUUGACCAAAUCCAGAAAUGAUUGCUCAUCUAUUUUUUAAUAACUAUAAUGUAUUAAUGUACCCCCCCCCCCCCCCCCCCAAUCAAUUCAUGGAUUUUUUUUAAUUUUGGACCACAUUAACUGAUUAAAAACCACAAAAGGUUUUCAUGUCUAAAUAAUUUUAUGCACCUUUUAAUGAAAUCCCGCCUGAUGUAUUAUUUAUUCGCCCCGCGCUCAUGUGGACUCUCCUGUGUGUUUGCUUCCUCCUGCAUCGCCGCUGCACUGAUGCAGCUCCUCGCUUUUCUUUCUGUAAAUCUUUUUAUCAUGCAUGAGUUUUCUGUUCACCCAGCGUGAGCAUCGGGACCAACAGCAGACGAGCGUCGGAGCGGAACGCUGUUCGUGUCGGUGCAGACUGGAAAAACGCUCCUGUGGCUGUUAUUGUGACACACAGCUGAACAAACCUGCGCUUUCCUUUCUUUUCAUCUGGAGUGUGUUGGUCUGUGAGCUCUGUCCUGUACGAGUCGGAUGAUUGUGGUUAAUAAA